AUGACAGCAAGGCGACGGAACGCUCGUCUGAAGCUCGGACCCCCAGUAUGGAUGGACUGUAGCCAAAUAAGUGACAUCGCUCCAGAAUCCUUCCAUUCCCUUCACUCCAGCUGCCACAAAGCCUUUUCAGUCCGUCAUCGAACCGCAACGGCGAUCGAUCUGUUUGCUUCAUGGCCUGUGGACGAGGCUCCACCCCCUCCUCCGCCUCCUCCUGUAAUCAUCCCCCUCCUGCCCCCUCCCCAGCCGGGACCCCCACAGCAGCUAUGGGCUUUCCAGUCUAGUCGAGCACAACCGGCCAACACUGGUCUGGACGACGCUGACAAAGGGGACAUGGCGUUCCUCAAAGACCUCCUCAGCCCUGGGCCUGGUUCCUCUGAUGAGUUCACCAAAGAGUGGCAGGAUGUGUUUGGCGUUUUUUUUUUGACAGUCCAACUGUCCUUCAUCCGCCCCGAGUGGAGCAGCAGCAUCAGGCAGCAGUGUGGGGGCCUCCUCCUCCACGGCAGCAGCAGCAGCAGAGCCCACCAGCCCCACAGGCUUUCUGCCCUCACAGACUGCUCGACCACAGCCUCAGCGACCACAGGUGCCCCAGGAUCAUCCAAAGACAUGUCCGCUUGGUUCAACUUGUUCGCCUGA